ACAUGCCAUAUCUGAAGACUGAGAUACUCCGACUAACAGGGAGUAUGUUAAAACACACGAAACGUGUUAUUUGACCACACACCGGGUGAAGUGAGGAUACACUGUUAUUCACAGGAGUACGGACACCGGUCCGAUGUGGUGUUUACAUGUUUACUAGUGGCAUAACAUUUAAUUAGUUCAGGUGUUCUCCUCAUAAAAAAAACAUGAUUUACCAAGGACCAAAUCCGGAUUUAGCGAUGACGUAUAAUCCAUUUCUGCUCCACAGACCGGCUGAUUACACGUCCCUGUUGCAGCAGCAUUAUCUGUCGUCCAUGUCCCUCCCCGUCCCCGGGGGCAUCCCCUCAUCCAUCCUCCCAAAGUUACAACAGACCGUCGCCCGGUCGCCCCUCACUCCAGCGGAUCUGCUUCAUCAUAUGCACCCGAGACCGAUCCGGAGUUUAGAACCUCCAGAACAAGAUGUACAGGACGACCCAAAAGUGGACUUAGAAGGAAAGGAUAUGUGGGAACAGUUUCAUAAACUCGGAACGGAGAUGGUCAUCACAAAAUCAGGAAGACGGAUGUUUCCUCCGUUCAAAGUGCGAGUAUCUGGUUUGGAUAAGCGAGCCAAAUAUAUCUUAUUAAUGGACAUUUCCGCUGUGGAUGACUGUCGUUACAAGUUCCACAACUCCCGCUGGAUGGUGGCGGGGAAAGCGGACCCGGAAAUGCCAAAACGGAUGUACAUCCACCCCGAUUCGCCCAGUACCGGUGAACAAUGGAUGCAGAAAGUCGUCUCUUUUCACAAACUCAAACUCAGCAACAACAUUUCCGACAAACAUGGGUUUGUAAGUACAACGAUACUGAAUUCCAUGCACAAGUACCAGCCUCGUUUCCACUUAGUUCGUGCUAAUGACAUCCUUAAACUGCCGUACUCGACGUUCAGGACAUACGUGUUUAAGGAAACUGAAUAUAUCGCGGUUACUGCCUACCAAAACGAAAAGAUUACACAGCUGAAAAUCGACCAUAAUCCGUUUGCUAAAGGGUUCCGAGAUACCGGAAGCGGAAAGAGAGAGAAAAAACGUUUGAUGUUACAAUCUUCCCAGCAACACUCGGCAGUCACACCGGACGGUCGCAGGGACGACGUGAAUAGCGAGGACGAAGACGAUGCGGAAAUAUGUGUUGACGAUCCUGAUGACGUAUUGGACGAUCAGGAAUCCGUGCCCACAAUGAGCUCUCGAAUCAUAGAAGAAGCUCAACGACUUCGAACAGAAGAGACACUCGCACGACAGGCACUUGAGCGAACCUCGCCCUCCCCAAAACCCGAAUCUGAGCCAGAUAGCGACCACGAAUCAGCUAUUCCGUCUGUUCAGGAACCCAAAUGUUUGGAAACUCGUACUACCCCAAAAUCACCAACAGAACAAGUUGUGACGUCAUUUGUUCAUACCCAAUCAAAAGACUUCAUUUCACGGCGUGAGCAGCGUUCGCCUCCCGUCAUACCACGUGAUUCUCCAUGUGACUCAACUCAUGACCAUGAAGCAUCAUCUGUGAAAUCGGAAACGGAAGAAAGACUUUCUCCUCCCCAUUCAGAAGAGGAACGAUCUCCUCGUAGCUCUGAAGAACGCGUUUGUAAAUCUCCGGAGAGGUCGUUCCAAGAGCGAAGCCAUUUCUCGACCAAAGACCACACCAGUCCUCCUAAUGUCACAGUUAUCCAACCUUCUGUGACGCAUCCAAUAUUCCCUUACUUGUAUCCGUACAACACGUCAGCAUCCUCAUUACCGUAUCCCAUGAGUCAUUUGUUUUCUGGAAAUUCGUCACUUCCGGCAGCACUGCCAUUUCUUCCUACCUCAGGACACACGGACAUUAGUAGCCAUUUACCUCACACGCAUCCAAGUGCGCAUGCAUUAUCUGCGUUAGGUCAGCUUCCGUUUCCUGGUCAUUUGUUGCAAUCGAAUUAUUCUAGUCUGAGUCCUUCAAUGAACGCUGAUAGUGCACUGUCUCCGCCUUCGUCGCUAGGACCAAUCUUUCCAUCAAGGAGCAGCCCUCGGUUCACCCCAUACUCCUUACCUAGUACAAACACUACCAUGGCAACGAGUACGUCGCCUGUUGCGGCGCCGGGCCUCCAUAUUAGUGCUCAUUCUCCACCCCAUUCAUCUAGUGUCGGGAUCACUCGACCUUCACCUAUACGACCACGUAGUCCGUUGUCUUCUCGCAUGCCUCGUCACAUUUCUCCAAUAGCAAAUCCAAAUAGUGAACUCAAAAGCAUCGAACGCAUGCUUAAUGGUUUGGAAAGGAAACGGCUGGCCAAUCGCGAGAGGCAGUCUAUAGGUAGUGCUAAUUGAAAGGUUUGAUGGUGACAAUGGUGAGUAGCACCGACCCUUGCUCUGACCACGACGAUGUGUACGACGAUUAUCCCGGGUUCAUGCGGUACCACAUCAAAUAACGACGAGUGCCGGACAAUCGUGUGGCUGAAGGCUGGUAGUUACCAGUAGGAUUUACAGCAGAUCAGUGAGUGGAUUACAAUAGACAAGAGUAGAUCAGAUUUCACGGUUACACUCUAUGGACUCAACACUUUGUUUGAAUCAAUCUGCUCCAUACCGCGGGUGCAUUCAGUGGCUUUGUCGUCCAGACUCUUGCAACGUGCAAAACAUAGUGCUGUCUCCGCAAAAACGGUUACGUCUGCCGCCUGAGAUAUGUGCUGAACAAAUAGUGCAAGUAAAUUCCCGUCAGUGGCUGAAAUAGAGCUACUAGGCUACAAAGAGUCAUUUUUAAUUUAUUUUAUACAGUUAGAUAUUCUAAUGUGAAUUGAUCAAUAUUAUUGUUUAAAAUUAUGCUUUGUGUUGCUGCAGAUGAACAGAUACGCAAUGUUAUUAUUAUACUUAAAUAGAAAUAUUAUAUGGGAGCAGUGCAGAUAUUGAUUAGAGGCAGUGUGUCUGGGACUUUAUACACACUUCUUGGACGUCUCAAUGGUUACCGAACCGUGACGUCAUUUGUCUUUUCUCAGGUAUAACGUUCUAAUUGUAUUGUUUGUCUUUCACUGUAGUCUUUUGUUAUACAAGUAUACAACUUUUUUUACUACGAUCUCAGCCGUUCUUUGUUUCGUUCUUUGUUUUUCGUUGUCUGUUCUUGUAAAUGUAUUAUUUUGUUGAACUAGAAAUGAGUGUUAACAGAAGUCUUCAAUUUUCACAAAUAUAUAAUUUAGAUAGACCCUAAAGCCAAUUCAAUAAAAUGUUUCUUUCUUUCAAUAUUAAUAUCUACAUGUAGGUUUAAAUCUUUACGUUUAAUGUUAAUGCUUCACCAUGCAAUCUUAAACAAUUUCGCAAGUUAGAAUUUACAGCGUUAAAGUAACUUCAGCUAUUUCAAUACUGUAUCCAUUAUCUCAGUUGCUGGUAAUCAUUCCUUGUCUGCCCCAAUGUAUUACUGGGCUAUCACUACUAGUUUUUCGCCUUGUUACCAUAAUGUGUGGUCGUCUUACCUGUUGCAAACUAAUGUUACAAAUAUUUCAUUUUCUGCAAAACGUAUCAAGAAAUACAAUAAAAUGUAUUAAA